AUGGUUUCGAUGCUUUCCCAUGAAGAAAAAUACCUAAUCGGAGAAGUUGACUCAAGAGAUGAUCUAUGGAGGUAUAACGACCGCUACUCGAGCGAGUUUUUAAUAAAGCUAAGACCUUUUCUUCACGAGUUUCUCAAAGAAGUUAACGAGAUGUUCUCCAUGUAUGUUUACACUAUGGGCGAUCGUGAUUACGCCAAUUCCGUUUUAAAGCUGAUUGAUCCUGAGAAAGUAUAUUUUGGAGAACGAGUCAUAACCAGAGAAGAUAGUCCUUAUGAAAAGACGCUUGAUCUUGUGUUGGUUGAUGAGUGUGGAGUUGUGAUUGUUGAUGAUACUCCACAAGUCUGGCCUGAUCAUAAGAGAAACUUGCUACAGAUCACCAAGUACAAUUAUUUCAGAGACAGGACGAGAGGCGAUGUGGAGUACUCCAAAUCGUAUGCGGAGGAGAAGAGAGACGAGAGUCGAAAUGGUGGAUCGUUGGCGAAUGUUUUGAAAGUUCUCAAGGAAGUUCAUGAAGGAUUCUUUAAAGAUGGAGUUACGAAAGAGUUAAACAGUGAUUCAAAGGAUGUGAGGCUGUUGCUGCAUGAUCUCUGCACACGCCAAUGUUUCUAG